AUGAAUUACCCGUAUAUUGUGUGCGUGAUCGUUUGCUUGCUGUCUAUCAGUGGUAUAUGUGGCUUACGAACUCAGGAUGCUCUACGAUACGAAGUUCGGACAUUACCAACCAUACUGAAGGAUUUUCCAACGGAAGAGUCGGAACCGGAAGAGGAACGGAUAAUUAACUUUGUUACGGUGCGUCCGGAAUACUUUGAAAUAAAUCGUGCCCGACCAAUUAUCGACUGGAUUACGGGCGUCAUCGGUGCUCCAGUUUUUGCAGGCGAUUCGUCGGUUCCGUCGCAAAAUUGUACACCAUGCAAAUGUGGUUCGGUCGAACCAAUAGGCGAACGAAUAGUUGGUGGCACUUCGGUGGAAGACAACACUUUCUCGUGGAUGGCCGCCCUCUACUACGACAAUAAGUUUAGCUGCGGUGGUUCCCUGCUUUCGGAUCGUUACGUCAUCACUGCUGCCCACUGUACAACCAAGCCUGAUCGAGCGUUGUUUCGCGUGCAGUUUGGUGUAAAUGAUCGUAGCAAACCGACCGUAACAUCGAUCGAGCGUAGUGUCAAGCGUAUCCUAACCAACUGGUACAAUGUCUUCAAUAACAACAACGAUAUUGCACUGCUGGAGCUUACCUAUCCCGUGUCGAUCAGUGAUCGUGUGAUGCCUAUAUGUUUGCCACAGGCUACGGAAAUGUACGAAGGAAGCCGUGGUAUAGUAACUGGCUGGGGAAGGACAAAGGCUGGCGGUGGGCUGUCGGGUACGCUGCAGCAAACGGAAGUACCGAUCCUAACGAAUCGCGAAUGCCGCCGGGCGGGUUAUUGGGCGUUUCAGAUCACGAACCGUAUGAUCUGUGCCGGGUUUCUGGAGGGUGGCAAAGAUUCCUGUCAGGGUGAUAGCGGAGGACCGUUGCAGGUACUGAACCCCAGGUCCAACCAGUACGAAAUCGUUGGCGUCGUUUCGUGGGGUCGUGCCUGUGCCCAGAAAAACUUUCCGGGUGUUUACACACGUGUCAGCCAGUAUCUGCAUUGGAUUAAUCGUAACAUUAAAGAUUCGUGUCUAUGUAGCUAA